CCCGGCGCCAUCGCCAUGAAGGACCACGACGCCAUCAAGCUGUUCGUGGGGCAGAUUCCGCGCAACCUGGAGGAGAGCGACCUCAAGCCGCUCUUCGAGGAGUUCGGCCGCAUCUACGAGCUCACCGUGCUCAAAGAUCGCUUCACCGGCAUGCACAAAGGCUGUGCCUUCCUCACCUACUGCGCCCGCGACUCUGCACUGAAGGCACAGAGUGCCCUGCAUGAGCAGAAGACACUGCCAGGGAUGAACCGCCCCAUCCAGGUGAAGCCGGCCGACAGCGAGGGCCGAGGAGAAGACAGGAAGCUCUUUGUGGGCAUGCUGGGGAAGCAGCAGAGCGAGGAUGACGUCCGCCGCCUUUUUGAGCCCUUCGGCCAAAUUGAGGAAUGCACCAUCCUCCGAGGGCCUGAUGGAGCCAGCAAAGGUUGUGCCUUUGUGAAAUAUGGCAGCCAUGCCGAGGCACAGGCUGCCAUCAACAGCCUGCACGGCAGCCAAACCAUGCCGGGCGCCUCGUCCAGCCUGGUGGUGAAGUUUGCAGACACGGAUAAGGAGAGGACCCUGCGGCGGAUGCAUCAGAUGGCGGGGCAGCUGGGCAUCUUCAACCCCAUGACCAUCCAGUUUGGCGCCUACGGGGCCUACACGCAAGCGAUCAUGCAGCAGCAGGCAGCCCUGAUGGCGGCCGCGCAGGGCACCUGCCUCAACCCCAUGGCUGCCAUCGCUGCUGCCCAGAUGCAACAAAUGGCCGCCUUCAAUGUCAGCGGGCUGGUGGCUGCCCCCCUCACCCCCUCUUCAGGUACAAGCACCCCUCCAGGGAUCAGCACAGCUCCGGUGCCCAGCAUCGCCACGCCCAUUGGGGUGAACGGCUUCAGCCCGCUGCCGCCCCAGACCAACGGGCAGCCCGCCUCCGAGACCAUCUACACCAACGGCAUCCAUCCCUACCCAGCUCAAAGCCCCACGGUGGCAGACCCCCUUCAGCAGGCCUACGCCGGCAUGCAGCACUAUGCAGCAGCAUAUCCCACAGCCUACGCUCCCAUCAGCCAAGCCUUUCCCCAGCAGGCGCCCCUCAUCCCACAGCAGCAGAGAGAAGGUCCCGAGGGCUGUAACCUGUUUAUUUAUCACCUGCCCCAGGAGUUCGGGGACGCGGAGCUCACGCAGAUGUUUUUGCCUUUUGGCAACGUCAUCUCUGCCAAAGUCUUUGUGGACCGUGCCACCAACCAGAGUAAAUGCUUUGGUUUUGUCAGUUUUGACAAUCCGACGAGUGCUCAGGCGGCCAUUCAGGCCAUGAAUGGCUUCCAGAUCGGCAUGAAGAGGCUAAAAGUGCAGCUAAAGCGGCCGAAAGACGCCAACAGACCCUACUGACCCCAGCUCAGCCUGCGGAGAGGUCGGACGUCCUGCAGUGUCUGACGACUUUCCCCUUCCCCAAGUGCAGUAUCCAAACCCGUAACUCUCUUUCUUUGCAAUACAUCCUGGAGGAGGAAGAGGAGGAGGUGAAGGAGAAAAUGGCAAAGAAGAGAGUGUUUUGGUUGUAGCUUUUCCUUUUUGAAUUUUUUCCCAAACUGGUCUUGUUUGUUGUUUAACGGGAAU